AGGACUGCAAAUGAAAUAUAUCUGCCGAUGGGAGAUCCAGAGAACAACUAUACAUUACGUUUACUAGUUUAUAUAUAUGAUGUGUAUGAUGAUUAUAAUGUUUCUGAAAUAACAAUUACUUCUGGUCCACCUUUAACUUCAAAUGAUACUAAUGCUUUCAAGAAAUUGUUUGAAAACUAUGAUUAUAAAUUUGCUAUGGUGGACAAAGGUGGAAACAAUAAAGCGUUAAUGAGACUGAUGGAAUCGACUGCAAGUACCUACAAAGACCUGACAUUGCCUAAACCAACGACACCUGACUUGUCAACACCAAUGAAAUGUGCUUACUACGUAGAUAGUGGAGAGAAACAGUCUGAUACAAAAUCUGUUCUUCAGCAGUCAACAGAAACUAUGGUUACUACAAUGGAUGAAAAAACACCGGAUGAAAAUUCUGAAAUGGGUUUAAAUUCUGAAGACGCUGGAUUUGUGGCCAAGGCAGUCAACACAAUCAUUUCCAACAAGGCUUUAUUUACUGAUAAGACCUCCAAAAAGGUUUCAAAGAAUUUAAGGAAGGUGAUGAAGAACAUACUCAAAAGAACUAAAAUUGAACCACGGCCUGCGAAAGAGAUUUUAAGUUCGAAGAGAGCAGCAAAUGAGAUGGUGAAUGGUAUAUCAGAGACUUUAAGCUAUUGGAAAACAGCAGGUUCAGAAAAUUUGGAGAAAGAAUUAAAAGUAGAGGAUGUUGAAGACGAUUUCAGAGAAUACUACAGCCAGCAUCCAGAAAAACAAGACGAGCAGACAACAUUUGAUGAAUUGGUUCAAAAGUGUUAUAAAAAUAAGAGAAAAAUUAAGAAAAAACAAAAGGAAAUGGCAGAAGCUACAAAGGAUAGUGCAGAGGACCUGAUUGAAUCUUUGGACGAAGUAUUAGACAUGACAUCAACUACAACAUGUUCUGGGGGAGGGGAACAACUAAUAAAUAGAUCAGGGGUUGUUCUGAGUCUUGAUAAAGACAGUAAAGAAGUAUUUCUGAAUAAUAAAUCAGAAGUCUACAGGAAAGGGAUUUCCUUAGAGUUUGACAAUGAGUCGUUGGCCAAUGUUAGUGAUGGUACAAACAUAAAUCUUCAGGUAACAGUCAUGGAUACGUCACCAAUUCUUCAUGCAAAGAACGCUAGCAAAAUUACCGGACAAGUAAUUAAUAUUGCUGUCAAAGAUGAACUGAAUAAUAAGAUUGACGUACCACUAAAGAUGAAAAUAAAAAACCAUGGAGUUACCUAUUUCACUGAGCAUGUACCAUACUACGAACCAAAAGAUCCAGACCAGAUGAUGUUCUUUAAAUCAAAAAAGCGGAGUGACUCAGAUGUUUUAAUUUGGUAUAUCAAACUUGAUGAUGAACUAAUGCAGGCAAUAAACCAACGUGAUUUGUACUACUUAUUUGCUAAAUCUGGAUCGCAGCCGUCAUCGACAGAUUUUGACUUCAAAAGAACUGUCAAAGCAACUGACAUGGAAACUUACGGUUAUAAAGUGUUUAUACGAGAACAUCACUUAAAAGAAGGGGAUGUCUAUAUAGCGUUGAAACCAAUACAAGCUGGCUUAACAUUAAAUGAUUCCGAUUCGAAUACAAGGCAUCGACGAAGUGCUACCCGGAAUGAAACUGUAUCAUUGUCCGGAAUCAAUCAUACUGAUAUAUCAACAUCAAACGUCAGCUUGGCCAUUGUGACGACCAGUUGUAUGGUUUAUGAUCCAAAUUCAACUACCUGGACUUCAAAUGGCUGCUCGGUGCUUCAAUUUUCAACGCUAAACGAAACUGUAUGUCAAUGUGAACCAGCGGUUGGUUCUAUCUUUUCGCUUUCAUUUGCUUCUCCAAACAUGAUAGACCUUAAUACUGUGUGGUCAAAGUUUGAUCCUGCUAAUGCUGCUGUGUAUGGUACCUUGGUUGCCUUAAUUGUGAUCUAUGUCAUAUUUGUCCUUAUUCUGAGAAGAUAUGACAGGAAAGAUGCUGUACGGGUGAGGAUAUAA